AUGAACCGGAGUCCACAGCGUUUGGAUGGAUCAAGGGUCGAGGCUCUGGGUAGGAAAGUUCAGCCGGGCUUCCGCAGCUUGAAGCCGGGCGUCGCAGAGCGAAUUCUCGCAAGCUGGACAGUGUGGCUUGGGCGCCAUCUGGUCUGGGUGACAGACUUGCGACUUGGAAGUAAGCUGAAAGCGGAUGCGUUCUUCAAGCAGAACUUCGCCAUGCUCGGCUUCGUCUUCGGUGCCGGCUUUGCCUUCGAGAUGGGCUUCAACUCGCUCACCAACAAGUACUGGGACCACCUCAACCGCGGCCGCCAAUGGAAGGACAUCCGUGGGCGCUACGCUGAGGCCGCCGAGGAUGACGAAGAGUAA